GACAGCUGGACUAAUUCUGAAGUCAGAACCUUGAAGACUGCAAGAUGAACAGUCCACAGAGCUGCACCGAGGAUGAAGCUCCUGACGCUCAACAUGCAAAAUCAACCAAAGGGUCAAAGGUCACCUCAGAGAGAAUAGCCCUGUCCGUUUUCAGUGUUCUGCUGGCAGCAGCUGUCAUUGUUAUUUACCGUCUCUCUGUUGAAAACUGGCUUAGCAGAAAAAAUCUCCAAACACUGAAUGAAGAGAAUGCAGCUUUGAGGAAAACUCUCACGGAAGUAAAAUCAUGCAGCAAUAAGCAUCUCACGUGUCCUGAAAUUCCUAAAGUGAAUAUAAACGGGCCAUGUGCAUGUGAUGAAGGCUGGGAUGAACAUGGAGGAAAGUGUUAUUACUUCUCCACCAAUAAAUCAUCCUGGACAGAGAGCAGAGAUGAAUGUAGGGCUAAAGGAGGCGACCUGGUUAAGAUAGAUAACUGGUGUGAGCAGAUUUUUCUAAGAACCAGAUUGAAUGGAAAAAUGGAGAACUUUGAAGACAUGUUCUGGAUUGGCCUGACAGAUGCAGUGGAAGAGGGCAGAUGGUUGUGGUUGGAUGGCUCACCACUAAACACAAGUUUGUCUUUUUGGGCUGACCAUGAGCCGGACAACUGGACUCAUGAAAAUCCUGAUGGAGAGCAUUGUGUAAGGCUGGGGGAAGAAGAAGGAGAAGAACCCCUGAAGACUUGGUAUGAUAAGUUUUGCAAAGCUCCUAAUAAGAGCAUAUGCGAAAAAUGGGUAAAAACAGAUUGACUGACUGUUUUAUUUCAAACAUAUAAAUAUAACUGAACUAACAAGAGAAUGCAUUGUAAAAGAUAUUGAGUGGUCAUGAAUAUCUGUGUGUACCACUCAAUUUAGAUGCUCAAAAAGUAGUAGGAUGAAAUUUACACCAUUUGAUCCUAGUCUAUUCACAUGCAAAAUACACACAUAAAACAAUAUAAGUUUACAAACUAAAAAGGCAAACUACAUUUUUACUUUGAGCUAUACACACUGUUAUUAACACACUUCUAAAUCUCUGUGCCUUGUAAUAAAAAAAAUCUUUAUUCUCUGUUUAAAAACUGAGUUCUGGUUGUACAUGUUUAAUAUGAAAGUGUAUUUCUGUAACACAUAUCCUAAUGAAUACUUUCAGCUUGGGUUACUCUCGCUCUAAUCAACAAAAAUGAAGACAGGGCUUCAUUAGAAUACA